AUGGCGCCCCUCCAAGGCAGCCUCAGAGACGUGAACUCCGCUGUGGAGGGGCUGUCGGAGGACCUGAAGCGCGAUGUGAUGCGGGAGGUGCAAGACUUGGGACUCUUCAAUGCGGCGCCACAAAGCCCCGCACUGGACUGCAGCGCUGCCUGCAUGGGUCCCUCAGGGCUGAUUGCUGGCAUCGACGAACCGGGGGGAACUCAACACUUUGGUGGCGUGGGCGCCGAUCCGGGCGGAUGUCAGGGGAUCGGCGCGAUGGGGACGAAUUGGGGCGGGCAGUGCGGGUAUCAAGGGGCGCAGUUUGCACCGUCCAGCGCUGCUCUUUGGGGGCCCCUUGACAAAUGCUUCUCCUUGCAGCCUCCGGCGGCGUACGUCCCUUCGCCUUUGGACGCCCUCCAACCGGCAACCUUGCGGCCCCCUGGUGCCGGCAUUUGCAACGUUGCCAUGCUGCCGCCCAGCGCCAGGCUCCCCUACCCUGAAGCAUUUGUGCCACGCCGGGCGGCGAUGGGCGACGCCCACGACCACAUGCUGGUUGACGACGCUGCUCCCGACGGUGUUGUUUGGGCCCACCAGCGGCCGUUGCCCCCCGGUGACAGCGCGCUGGGCGUUGAGUGUGACGACAGAAACGACGCAUCCCGUGCGACAUUACAGGCUAUGGGUGGGUUGGCGGAGGAGAUGGAUGUUCGCGGUUCUGGACAAGGGCAUCCACGCGGCAGGCUCGCGGCAAAUGCAGGAUUGGUGCCAGAUGCUUCAGCCAUGAUGGACACGGAUACAGAGCAGGGAGAGGGUCAAAGAUUUGGAGUCGAAACGCCUACUGGGCUGCAAUCUAAAGGCGACCAGGACCAGGACGAGAGCGUGCAUGACGCUGCAGAUAUAGUGUCAGGUGAUGCAGAUUCAGCACAAAUCGGGAGGACGAAUACCGACUGGGUGUCAUACCAAGACUACGCAGCCAUGUGCCACAACAUCAUGGGCGAGAGACCAGCCCCCAGGUUGGGCCACCGUUCUGUUGGCAGCUGUCAUCAACCUUUCCCCGAAGAUUUGAGGAGGGAUGUGCUGCAACAAUGGAAUGCCACUGUUGCGAGUUCUGCUUUGCUUCAGGGCAUCGAAGCGGAACGCCAAUCCCCACCGCUCGCACAAGGGCCGUUAGGAGACAAUGGGGACGGGACCAUCGACAGGGAUCCUUUUUGCAGAACAGAUGACGAAUCUGGCCAGUCCCUGCACGACGCAAAUCGCAGUCUGCAAAAUGGUGCAGUUGACGAAAGGGUGCUUGCUGGCCAGUCUGGCAGGGACACGUAUGCAAGCCCGAUGAAAAUGAAAGGACAUGUGAAGGGGGGAAGGUCCAGUCCUCGCCAAUCGAGAGGUUUGAAGCACACCAGCCUCAGGGUGAAAGCCGCUGUUGAACGCAAAGGGAUGACAACUUACAGUGAGGUGGCUGACGAAUUGGUGAAUGAGACUCCAAUUGGCAAAUCUGAAAAUGGAAGGGACUGCACGGAGAGUGACAAUCUGAGGCGCCGUGUGUAUGACGUCCUCAACGUGUUCGAUGCUGUUGGGAUCAUCAAGAAAGAGGAAAAGCAAAUAUGCUGGCAGGGUUUGCCAGUCUGCGGCGAGCCAGGGAUCACAGCUGUCAAGGGGGAUGAGGAGGAAGACAGUUUGAAUGAGCGCAUCGCCACGAAGAAAGCCUACCUUGCACAGCUGAUAGAGCAGUACUCUGUUCUCACAGGCAUUGUGCGCAGGAACGUGAGUAGACCAAUCGAGUCCUGUCCGCCUGGGCCCAAAGUCCUUCAGCUGCCCUUCGUCGUGAUCCAUGUCCCUGCAAAGGGGGCCGUGGAGGUUCAAAUAUCAGAGGAUGUGACGAAUUCAUGUGUGAAGAUGGACUUUCAUGAUGUGCCGUUUGCCCUGCAUGACGAUGUAUGGCUGUUGAAGCACAUGGGAUUCCACUCAGGCAGCAUACCCAGCCCUGUGAAGCACCCAUCAGGCCCGUCACCGCGUCUGGCCCUGCCUGUAUCAGCCGCUACAGCCGCGCCCGCUGGCAACCAGAGCGUCCUGCGGCCGCCCAUGAUGCUGUUUGCAGACUCACGGGCCAACAUUCACAGCUUCACAGACACACUGGACAAGCUCGUUGGGCCGCCAGGUUGGCGGCAUGGAAUGGGUGGCAGAGGGGCCAUUCCAGAGCUCGGUCAUUGGCAUGAGAGCUUUGUUCAGUCUGACUUCAAAACUCCAAUGAACGUUGCGGAAAACUUGACAGAUAUUAGAGCUGGGGUGAGAAUUUCUGAUAUACACACCAACGUGCCACAUACAACAGGCACACCUGCAAGCGAAGUGUCCCUGGCACAGGCUUGA